GUGCCCGGGGCGGUUUCGGGGGCGCGCCGCCGGAAGCGGAAGUGGCGGCGGGCGGGAUGGAGGAACCGGAGAUGCAGCUGAAGGUGAAGAAAGUGACGGACAAGUUCACGGAGAGCCUGUACGUGCUGGCCAACGAGCCCUCGGUGGCGCUGUUCCGGCUGCAGGAGCACGUGCGGCGCUCGCUGCCCGAGCUGGCCCAGCACAAGUCGGACAUGCAGAGCUGGGAGGAGCAGAGCCAGGGAGCCAUUUACACCGUGGAGUACGCCUGCAGUGCCAUCAAGAGCAUGACUGACAGCAGCGUUUACUUCAAGAGCAUCGACAGCCUGCUCAAGCAUUCCAUUGCCAUGAAGGAGCAGCUCAACGCUGCCCAGGGCCGCAGCACCAUCACCCCCCAAGCCAAGAAUCCUCCAGGCACUUCCUGAAUUUAUGGUUUUCCAUCCUGAAUUUCCCAACCUUGGGAAGAAGCCAAAAAACCUCUGGGGCUGCACAGGUGGAGAAGCCCCUGAAUUCCCAGGAAAACACAAAAAAGAAGAGCUGGAAAAUCCCAAAUCCUGCUUUUUGGGAUCUCUUUUCCAUGGAAAACAGGGUGGGUUUGUGUUUUUCCUUCCCUUUUUUUGUUUCCAGGCUUUUUUUUUUUUUUCCCAAAAAACCUCCCAGAUGAGGUCUUGCUUUGGGAAUUUUGUGUAAAAAGCUGGAAUGUGAGCAGCACUCCAGGCUUUUGUUGAGGAGGAAUUCUCCAAGGAGAAACUUUCCCAGCUGCUGCCAAGGAAUUGCUGGGUUUGGUUUUAAUGAGGACGAGAAUAAAAAGGAAAAAAAAAAACCAAACAAACCAAAAAAAAUCUCAAAAAAAAACCCAACAAGAAAAUUCCUUUUGAAGGUUUUCAGCUUUUCUCCUGUGGCCGUGGGAGCUCGGAGCUCCUUUUUUAUCCUGGGGUUUCCAAGGGCACGGAGCAAAGGAAUGUGGAAUUUCGGGCUUUCAAGGGAGAAAAAAUUCCUUAAAAUACUACAAAAAAAAAAUUUUAAA